CCGUGAGAUCGUUGAACGUUUCACACUCAGUUUUAUAGCUACACGACCAAGUCGUGAUACGUGUCCCUCAUCACUUAAAGUGUUAACAUGUGAACUAUGUAUUAUAAAAAUUAAUUAAGUAAUAUAAACAAAAAUAUUUAAUUUAAUUUAAAGUGCUGUGAUGUCGAUUUUAUUUAGUGCCGUUGCAUACAAAAAGAAAGUUUUUAAUAAAUAUGCGUCCUGUGAUGGAAAUUUCGAAGAAAUAUUGGAUGAGGUGCUCGUUAAAAUUUCGGAAAGAAAUAAUAAAAUGACUUACUACCACGGACGUUACUUAUUCCAUUUCAUCUUGGAGGACGAAUAUUUUUAUUUCUGUAUUACUGACAAGCUUUGUCAACGAUCAAGAGCAUUUUUAUUUUUAAACGAAAUAAAACGAAGUUUUCCAUUCAGACAGGCCGAUUUUACGUGUAUUUUAGCUGAACAGAUGUAUCGUUACAAUGAAGAUUACAACACAGUAACUAUAAGGAAAGGGGAAAUAGACGAAUUAAAUACGAUAGGAGUGGACAGUAGUGAAAGCAUUCUUGGGGAAAAAAUACUCUUUGUCAGCAACGACAACAAUUUAAGAUAUACGACGAUCUCCAACAUAGAAAAAGAACCAGAACAAAUUGCGAUCUCUUUCAAAGAUUCAAAUUUAAAAAUAAUUAUUUUAACAAUAUUCAUAAUUGCAGCAAUAUCUUUGAUGUUCGUUUUCAAUCCACCGUCAUUUGCAUUCGUUAUAGUUGUACUGAUAUUGUAUCCUAUUAUAAGAAAGAAUUUAUAUAAAUAAUUUAUAUUUAGUAAAUAGCAAAAAAUAGGUUAUAUUACUAGUUAUU